CAGCUCUUCCCUGUUUCUCUACAGGUGGUAAUAGACAAACAUCCCGUCCGGUUUUUUGUACAUAAGAGGCCCCAUGUGGAUUUCUUCUUAGAAGUGGUGAGCCAGUGGUACGAGCUGGUGGUGUUCACAGCAAGCAUGGAGAUUUACGGCUCUGCUGUGGCAGAUAAACUGGACAAUAGCAGAAGCAUUCUCAAGAGGAGAUACUACAGACAGCAUUGCACUUUGGAACUGGGCAGCUACAUCAAGGACCUCUCCGUGGUCCACAGCGACCUCUCCAGCAUCGUGAUCCUGGAUAACUCCCCAGGGGCCUACCGGAGCCACCCAGACAACGCCAUCCCCAUCAAAUCGUGGUUCAGUGACCCCAGCGACACCGCCCUCCUCAACCUGCUUCCCAUGCUGGACGCCCUCAGGUUCACCGCCGACGUUCGUUCUGUGCUGAGCCGAAACCUUCACCAACACAGGCUGUGGUGACGGCUGCUCCCCCUCCACCUGCGCUGGGGUGGGGGGGAGAGGGAGGGUGAGCUCUCGGGAUGCCGUCUGAUGCCCUGUCGGAUGGUGAGGACUGCCUGGGCAGGACCUGCCCCUCCCGCCCCUCUCUGCCCAGGGAGCCCUGCGCUCCGUGUGGAGUCUGGACGGACACACGGGCCACACUCGCAAGCAGCCUCACUCUGACUUCGAGUUCGCGCUCCCUGGAAACCCCGGACGGGGACAGAAGCGGAGGCCUGGGAGAGCCCGAACUGUCUGGUGGAGAGACCAGACCGGCCAGAAUGAGAGACAGACAUUCGGUAAUCCGGGAGGCUCAAAGAAAAGCCAAGCCAGCUUUGUUGUGAUUUCAUUUUUUAAAAACUCUUGUACAAAACUGAUCUAAUUCUUCACUCCAAGGGCUGGACUGUGGGUGGGAAACUGGGAUUUUGGGCCACUGGAUUUUCCCCAAACUUGUCCUGCCCUCCCCCCUUUCUUUUCCUUCUAUUUUCCCUUCUUCCUAGACUCCCUCAGACCUGUAACCAGCUUUUUUUUUUUUUUUUUUUUUUUUCCCUUCCUUUCUCUCUUUUAAACCAUGCAUUAUAACUUUGAAACCAAA